GUCAAAUCUCGUGGAGCCGCGUGGAACUGUGACGUGUCAAAAUUUGGAGUUGGUGACCUGAAAGUUUCAUUUUUUGAUCAGAUCAGUUUUGGCUGUAUUUGAGUGCUCAAAGUCUUCCCUCAUAGUUAUAAGUUAAACUAGUUAUUUUUUUGUUAUUAGUACAUAAUGCCUGCUCCUGCAAGUGCAACCUCAGUUGGGGCUGGAGGUAGGUCUCCCACGAAAGGCGCAAGUGGACCAAGAGCGAGUGCCGGUGGUGGUACAGUAAGGCAAAGAAAGACCACCACCACAACUACCACUGCCAGAAGGAACACUGGUGCUGGUACUGGCGGUAUGUGGAGGUUCUACACUGACGAUUCGCCUGGCAUCAAAGUUGGCCCAGUUCCAGUACUAGUUAUGUCCCUGCUCUUCAUUGCAUCAGUAUUCAUGCUGCACAUCUGGGGCAAAUACACCCGGUCUUAAUUUAGUUAGUUAGGUUUUCAUUCCUUAAGUAUAGUUUAAUAUAUUUAAGAUUUAUAUUUACAUUUAUUUCAUUGCAUUUUUAUCGCUUUUUCUUAAGAAUUACUUUAAAUAAAUUAUUAUAGUUUUUUUCCUAUAUAA